AUGUCCCAUCUAAAAGAAAGUGAAAGUGAUGUACGGUGCUAUAAAGAUGAUAAUGGUAUUGAUAUAGUAGAGUUCAUAGACAAUUCAGGAAACAUUUUGACAACAAUGAAUAUCAAUGGUAAUUCAUUUCCACAUUACAAGGCUGACAUACAUGGUGAUGCAUUUCAUCCCGAUUUACUCAAACAUAUACCAAAUAUCAAACUCCGGGAGGAUGACGUCAUCAUCUGUAGCUUUCCAAAGUCAGAUAAUUUUGGUUGCUGGUUUGAUUAUGUGAUGUACUGGGAAGAGGUUAUUAAAAAUAGACUUGACGGGAAUGAAAUACUUCAGCUGAAUUAUGAACAACUACAAAAGAAUCCACACAAUGAAGUUAAAAGACUGGCACAUUUUCUUGGUGUUGAGUUAGACGAACGCCUUCUUCAUGAUGUCAUCAAAUCUUGCUGUUUUCGUCAGAUGGAAGAGAGAAAUUGUGCAGAUGAACCACAUCUUUAUAGGAAAGGAAAAGUUGGAGAUUGGAAGAACUGGUUUACUGUAGCAGAAAAUGAGCAAUUUGAUUUGGUAUUAUCUCAAAAGAUGGCCAACUCUGAUCUCUCUUUUACCUAUUCAUAA